AUACCACUACUCGACGCAUCCCCCUCCCCUCGCCCCCAAAAAAGUCACCCAGCCAAAUCAAAACUCCAACCACCGUCAGCCAAGCGAACAGCAGCCCAGCACAGGACCGGACACAGCCCCAAAGGAAGCACACCGGAAGGAAGCAUCCUCUAGACUCUGCAAGCCUCCAAGCCUUCGCCGCCGCCGCGGUCGCCUCCCCACCCGGUCCUCGCGCGCCGCCGUUGCCACAGCAGCCACCGCCACCGCGUUUUCAUCUGCCAUCUGCGGAGACACCCAUCUACUACUCUUCAGGCGAGGGCGGAGGGACACAUACAGAGAGAGGGAGAGGCAUGGGGGGCGGGCAUUCGAGGAGCGAGUCGCGGGGGGACGGGAGCGGGAACGGGCGGUACGCGCACUCGGCGUCCUUCCAGCAGCCGCCGGCGCCGCAGUGGGGGCCGCCGGGGGCGGGAGGGUACCCGUACGGCGCCGGCCAGGACGCGCAGGGCGGCUACUACGGCGCGCCGCCGCAGCAGGGGGGCUACGCCGCGCCCUACCCGGCCUACCAGCCCGCGCCCGUCGCCGCGCAGCCGCCGCCGCCCGCAGCGCGGGCGGGGGCGGCCAACAAGCCGCGCCUCGACCGGCGCUACUCGCGGAUCGCCGACGACUUCCGGUCCGUGGAGCAGGUUACUGAUGCUCUAGCUCAAGCUGGACUCGAGUCUUCGAAUCUCAUCGUGGGUAUUGAUUUCACAAAGAGCAAUGAAUGGACAGGCAAAUUCUCCUUCCAUGGACGUAGUUUACAUCACAUUAGCAAUGUACCAAAUCCUUAUGAACAAGGAAUCUCGAUUCUUGGACAGACAUUGUCUAAAUUUGAUGAAGAUAACUUGAUUCCCUGCUUCGGAUUUGGAGAUGCAUCAACACAUGACCAAGACGUAUUCUGUUUUUACCCUGAUGAGAGACCGUGCAAUGGAUUCUCAGAAGCUCUUGAGCGAUACAGGGAACUCGUUCCACAUUUGCGCUUGGCUGGACCAACAUCUUUUGCACCAAUAAUUGAGAUGGCUAUGACCAUCGUGGAGCAAAGUGGUGGGCAGUACCAUGUUCUGCUGAUAAUUGCUGACGGACAGGUUACAAGGAGUGUAGAUACUGCAUCUGGGCAGCUGAGUUCCCAAGAGCAAAAGACUGUUGAUGCCAUUGUGAGGGCCAGUGAACUGCCGCUAUCUAUUGUGUUAGUAGGAGUUGGUGAUGGCCCAUGGGACAUGAUGAAGGAAUUUGAUGACAACAUUCCUGCCCGGGCUUUUGAUAAUUUUCAAUUUGUGAACUUCUCGGAGAUAAUGUCUAAAAACAUGCCACAAUCAAGAAAAGAGGCAGCGUUUGCACUUUCAGCCUUGAUGGAGAUACCACAACAGUACAAAGCAACUGUGGAAUUAGGAAUAUUAGGUCGUCGUUCUAUGAAGGCUCCAGAAAGGGUUCCUCUGCCUCCUCCUGGUGGAAGCCAUGAUGCUUAUUCAUAUGGAUCUAAAAGCUUUAGUAAACCUCAGCCUAGUACAUCUUCAUCAGCGUAUCCUCCCUAUAAAACUGCACAUACUGCGGCCCCUGCUGCACCGUCUUCUGCUUAUGAUAAUCAGGUUUGCCCUAUCUGCCUUGUGAACCCGAAGGACAUGGCUUUUGGCUGUGGACACCAGACGUGCUGUGAAUGUGGACAGACAUUGGAGUCAUGCCCAAUCUGUCGGAGUCCAAUUACCACCAGAAUAAAGCUAUAUUAGCAAGUGGUGGUUUGGAUCAUUGCGAAUGGGUGGCGUUACUGGAGACCACCCCUGCGUCACACUGGACGAUGGACUUCAAGCUCUCCAAGCCCAGUCCAUGAAGGGCUCGAUCGGCUCUCGGAGAUUACGCCAGGCAUCGGUCUGCGUCGAGUUUUGCAGGGCCGAUGAAUCCGCCGUCCCAAAGAUGGGAGCAGGGGCCGGUCUCGAGUAUCUACACCCAACCAGGAAUGAUCCAAACUCCAGCGCAAGAAAUGGAUGCAGGUUUUCAAGGGCCAUUGGCAUGCGAAAACAACAAAAAGAGAGAGAAAAGAACAGAAAAACGAGAAACUGCUGCUGAUGGAUCCAGCGAACCGUGUGUGGUACUUGCAAGUGUGUACAUAUGGAUGUGGUUCUUGAGCUGCCGUUUCACCCGGGAUAUGUUUGUUUUUUGAUUGAUUGAUGCGUCUGUACAAAUCCGCAGUGUUCUCUUGCAAGGGAGGUGGCAUUAUUUUAUUUUA